AUGAGUUCACCUUUGGCCUCUCUUGGAAAGACUCGGAGAGUGCCCCUGCCAUCGGAGCCUACGAACCCAGGGAGGCGAGGGGUAAAAAUCUACGGAGAUGAAGAUGAGGUGGAUGUGCUGAAUGAUGGACAAGGCUCAGAAGAAAAACUCUCGAUCCCUUCCUGCUAUGGAAACAUAGGCGCGCCCGUGGGUAGGCAAGGCACUGCAUUCCAUGACUCAGACUUGUUGACUUCCAUGGCGAGGAGGUUGCAGGAGCUGGAGCAGGAGCUGAAAGUCCAGUCUGCCGAGAUAAUGGCCAAGGAUCAGAAGAUAUUGGCCCUGGAGGACUUAGUGCAGAAGCUUCAAAACCACGGUGAGGGAUCCUUGAAUCGAGAAGAGGAACUGGAAGCAACGUGCCUGCAGUUACAGCGACAGAUUGGGGAGAUGGAGAGGUUCCUCGGGGAUUACGGCCUGCAGUGGGUGGGGGAGCCCAUGGACCAGGAGGACUCAGAAGACAAGGAAAUUGCAGAGGAUAGUGAGAAGGACUGGAUGACCACCAUGAAGUUCUGGAAGCCAGGAGAUUCAGUGGUGCCUCCAGAGGUGGACUUUGACAGGCUGCUAGCCAGUCUGAAGGACCUCAGUGAGCUGGUGGUAGAAGGUGAGGCCCAGGUGACACCAGUACCUGGUGGGGCCAAGCUCCAUGACCUGGAACCCAUCCCCCUGAAGCUCUACCGGAAUGGGAUUAUCAUGUUUGAUGGGCCCUUCCAGCCCUUCCACGAACCCUCCACACAGCGCUGCCUCCGAGACAUCUUGGAUGGCUUCUUCCCCUCUGAGCUUCAGCGACUGUACCCUGGUGGAGUCCCCUUCAAGGUGAGCGACCUUCGCAAUCAGUUCUACCCGGAGGAUGGGCUGGACCUGUUCCCAGGCGAGGGCCGAGUGGUGGGCUGGCAGAGGAUACGCAAGACCUCGGGCAGGCUGGAUAACUCCGGCUCCAGGAUGACGGCUGAGAAGUUCCUGAACAGGCUCCCCAAGGUUGUGAUCCGACAAGGCCAGGUGGUUGACAUCCGGGGUCCCAUCCGGGACGCCUUACAGAACUGCUGUCCGUUGCCAGUCCGGAUUAAGGAGAUCAUGGUGGAGACACCUGCUUUGGCUGCAGAGCGUCAGAGGAGCCAGCAGUCACCUGAGAUACCAGUGCCUCCAUUUGCCAUGCUGCGCAUCAAGUCUGAGAACUGUGAGCAAGCAUUCCUGCUUAUGAUGUGGCCCAGUGACACUGUGGGUGAUGUGCGCUCCCUGCUAGCCAAGGCCAGGGCUGUGGACCCCUCUACCUUCGAGAUCUUCAGCACAUUCCCACCUACGGUCUACAGUGACGACACCCUCACACUGCAGGCUGCAGGCUUGGUGCCCAAUGCAACAUUGCUGCUGCGGGCACCUCGGGCCCCACCCCAUUCCAAGGCCUACCCCAGCGUCAUUUCUGACCCCACACCUAGCCUGGAAUAA